UGAAACUGAAAGUGGUAGAUUCAAAUGUUAUGCUCCACAAAACCUUCUCAAAGUACAUUUUGUUUGACGUGUAAGCUCCUAGGAAGUUCCUUGCAAUGAAGGAUUUACAGAUGUAGUAAAAGCUGAUGUUGUAAGAAUUAGUGAAUGAGGAAACAGCUGCCCAUUAUGGUAUUUUCUACUCAAACUUUCAAACUUGAACCACGGGUACAGUCGGUGAUGUUUCAACGGCCGUUUUCGACUGAUGAUAGUGCAGUGAUGGUGAUCCCGCUGAUUGCUGUUGUAAACCAACGUUUCUGAUCCUUGUGACCCGACAAGUUGGAUCCUUGUUUAUCCUAAAUCGUCAUCGAUUGUGUAGAUGAAAUCAACAAUCACAAAGAGUCUGUUCCUGACAAUGAGGAUGUUUGCUGAUGUUCUGGAUGGCGAUUUAUACGAACAGCAAUGUGAUGGCUCCAUCUUCAAAGGGACUGAUCAGGAUGCAAGACAGAGAGAGGUCCACAUUUCACUCCAGAUGAACAUGGAUGGGGGUCUGUCUUUCUUUCGGUCCUCAACGUACAUGCAGUCUGGCCAGUGUAUCUUACCAGUAACGAAUCGGCGUCGACAUUAAGAACCCAAAUUACAGAGUCCAAUGCAGAGUCAUGGCAGCUGCUGCAGAUAUAAAAGCUCAUCCCUCCUACGAACCAAAGGCUAGUCUACGUGCCAGCAUGCAAGUUUGAACCCACAGGUCAUAGGUCAAACGAGAGGUCACCAUGGCAAUGAAGAGGUUCGUCUGCACAGACAGCCUUCUGAUGCUGCCCAUCUCAGGGGCGUUUGUUUGUUUGUUGGGCGUGGUCUUACUGAUCUUGUACAUUGUGGCCAGAGGGCUGACUGCAUCACUGUACCACAUUGAGGGCAGUGUGCCCACAUAUGUAGCUGCUACCUUGCUUAUUUUAACAGGAACGCUAAUGGCUGUUUUGCUCAAAAAACGACCAAACCUUCUGAUCUACUUAGCCAUUGCAGUCAACUGUCUGACGUUCUGUGUGUGUGCUCUACAAGCCGUCUCAGUGGGUAUAGUAUCAAUCCCAUUUCUAGGUAGUUUCAGCGCAUGUGUGUACCACACCUCUCUGUCUGAAUGCCAGUGUUAUAUCCUAUCGGCUAAAGAGAACAACAGCACAGGAAUCAUCGUGCCUGGAGCUGACAGUGAGAAGGUUACCUUCCAGGAUGUGCGUAGCUGUGGCGUCAUAGAGCACAACAUGAUCGACUUUCUCUACAUCUUAUGUAUCAUCUAUGGCUUUGCUGGUAUUGCUACCUUAGUGACAGACACUCUGCUGUUCAUGUUGGUGUGUUCUCAAAGAAGGGCUACCAAGGAAGCGCAUGGGUUACCAUCAGUGGGAUUUAUCGGUCAAAGAAGGACACCCUCAAAUAAUCAAGGGGAAGUGCGCAGCAGUAACAGAGAAAAUGGCCAACGAUCAAACCCAGAUCCAUCUCAUUCAACAUCAGCCACCACGACGGGGGUUUGUAAUGAAGCCCCGAAUCGUAGGGCAACAAUAGGUCACCACGAUGCCAGGAACCAGCGUCCACGUGUAGUUCAGAGAUCAUCAAGCACCAGCGCAACACAUGGGAGGCAACCAGCAAGACAUACCUCUGCCAAUGCUAGCGGUGAUGGACAUGCGAAUAAUGCGCCGACAGGGAGGGGCGCCUCUGCACCCUCACACGUGACCCCGAGACAAGGUAGACCCCCUGCGCUUAUUCGAGGAGGUUAUCUUCAGAGUCAUGUGAAUGGGCCGUCGAUACCCGUCUAUAUUGUCCCUGGUAGUAGUAAUGAGGCUUACAUUGCUUUGACUGAUCUCCCAUCACUCCAUUUAUCAUCACUGGACACAGUGCCUUCGUACGUUUCAGAAAUCAGCGACUUGUAUCCUAAUGAUCAACCUCCACCUUACAGUCCUACUCCUGAUGAGCGCCACCCCUCCUCAUUCUCAGUCAUCAUGGAAUCACCACCGACCACCCCUAUAAAUGAAAAUAGAAGAGCCCAGUCUCACACACAUGCCUCACACCAUGAUGAUUCCAUUCAACAAUCUAGUGUAGAGCAGGCAGGUCGUGACAAUGUGAACACAGAUACAGGAGGGGCGGUUGCUACAACCGAAUCUGUUGGUGCUUUAGAGAAUGCAUCAACACAAAACAACAGUUUACUGUCAGACCACACAGAAGUGGUUGAAACUGAUACGGUUCCUGAAGUGCAGGCUCAGGCUGCUCAGCUUAAUACAAUCCCUGCUAAUGCUCCUCGACAAUCACCAAAUGAACAUACAACAAGGGUUGAAACAAUCCAAGAAGAAUCUUCGCUCACUGAGCAAUCCCACCAGAGCAACUCACUGGAAAGGAGUGGACUCUCAAAUGGGGAUACCUCAUCCCCAAUAGUUACUGAAGUACCAGUAGUUCAACAAGUGCUUCCAACUGUCCCAUCUGGUCAAAGCUCAGGGAGCCAACCUCAAGAGUCUCAACAUUCAUCAGUACGAGAGAGGCAAGGUCCUAGCGAGGCUGAGUCAAGAAGUCAUAAUGCAGCCCAAAAUCUUGCUCAAGGUGCUAGGCCAAAGCAUAGACAACCUAAACAUCGUUCAGGAGAGGAAGCUCAUGCCGCUCAUACGAGAAGCUCCUCUCCACCUAGAAGGUCAUCACCAAGCCGUAGGUCAACUUCUCCGAACAGGAGGCAAAAUGUGGCUCCUGUCACCGAAAGAGAAAAUCUUUCAAGACAUCCUGUUCGAGAGAAUCCUUCUACGAGCAGGGACACUGCAAGGGCAAGAUCAAAUUCAAGAGGUAGACAACGACAUCUCCCAGACAUUCUUCCUAGAAUAGACCACCUCCAAGAUACCGAGAUCAAGAACUCGCCAAACUCUGCUCGCCAGCCGCCAGUAGAGAGUUCAUCCACCAGAGCGAGACCACAUCAGAAGAAACACAAGCAGCAGUCCUCAGACAAGAAGAGGGAACCCAGUCCCCAACGGUCUUCACGGCAAGAUGCAAACUCGCAGAGGCCACCGAAGAAUCCUCUAAACCCCUUGUCACAAACCACCCCUAAAACAAAAUCUAAAGAAAGACAAUCCAAGCACAAGGAUCCGGCCAGGAAAGACCGCAAGCACCAAGGCGAGUUGAGCUCAAGAAAGUCUGGUAAACCCACUAUUGUAAUGAACAUCCCACCUAAUCCCAAUAGCUCAAGCACUGAGAGCUUAGCCAACAUCUUGACGUUGGUGGAAUCGGUGCAUUCAUCAGUCAAGAUGAAACCCAAGAAAGAGAGGAAGAGUCACAGGGAAAUAAAGGCCAACUUGAUUGACAGCAGGGUGUGACCAUCUCUUGCCAAUUAUGGAUGUCAAGAUGAAACUUGGCGAACAUAUAUACAGAGUAUUCAGAUAAAAAUUGCAUAGUCGGGAUUUUACUUUUAUUAUGGUGUAGCGACUUUGGCUAUUGCUACAUGAAUGGCCUAAAGGCAGCAGCGACAAAAUUGAUGAUUAAACAUGUCAGCAACCUGCACAAAUCCAUUGCUGAAGCUAUCCUAGGACGCAUUCCAACCAGAACGUGUCAUGGCUGAGCGGUCAAACGUACUGGACUCAAGCUCUGGGCCCAAUAUCAUGAAGCCUGUUUAUGUUGGCACAAAAACUUGCUAAGCAAAAACAAAUCUUGCUUAAAUCUUCCUUAGAUAACAAGCCGUAAUACGCUACAGUUACCAUUGCUGUGACUGGUGCCCCCACUCAUUUCUUGCUUUUUAGCGAAGAAAUUUGCUCAGCAGCAUUUUCUGCUUUAAAAACAGCUUUAUGAAGGUUGGUUGGAGUUAUGGGUGUGCAACUGGGGUGGAUUUCACAAAGAGUUAAAACUAGUCUUAUCUCGAGUUUAGGCCAGUAAAGUUAUGACCGGACUAGUACAGUGGUCGAGUGUUUGAGUUUUUAAAUUUUGCAUUUCAGGGUGGAUAUGUGCGCAUUACAAGUCUUAU